AUGGGUUUGGACCACAUUUACAUUCCGCCAUUUGUGGGGACCUUUCUUAUUAUCCUUAUGAUUGAGAUCUUCACUGGAGUAUUGACCAAUGUCUUCAUUGUGGUUGUCAAUGUCCAUGUCUGGCUAAGAGGACAGAGCCUGAACUCUAGUGACCAUUUGGUGGUCUCGUUGGCUCUCUCUAAUUUCUGCUUCUCUUGUAUAAAUGCUUCCACCAUUGUAUGCUUCAUCUAUUUCUAUGACAUCUUCUUGGUGGAUUAUGUUUUUUACAUCUUGUACAUGAUCAUGACCUACAGCAUCUUCUCUAGUUCCUGGCUUUCUGCCUGGCUGUGCUUAUUUUUCUGUGUAAAAAUUAUUACUUACCAACAAGGCUGUAUGGCAUGGCUGAAGGCGAAAAUCACAAGCGUGGUUCCAUGGCUGAUCCUGUCAUCUCAAGUCUUCUCUAUUGCCUCCAGUCUCCCAGUGAUAUGGUCCUUCACAAAAGUGUAUGCAUCAAAUUCUACCGAUCAGUUGGAGACCAAUGGGACAUCCACAGUUGUUGGAUAUAAAAUUAAUCAGACUUAUAACCUGUUUUCCAUCUUCAUAAAUUGCUUUGUACCUUUCAUGGUGGUGAUGGCCACAACUGGACGCAUCAUUGCAUCUCUCUUUUCUCAUGCUCGUCAUAUGAAACAGAACAUGGAAGAUCAUGGUCCAAGCCUAAAGGCCCACCAGGGGGCUGCCCGAACAAUGAUGUCUCUCCUUAUCCUAUACCUCAUAUUUUACGUGGUGGAACUAGGUCUUGGGUUCCUCUCGAUGAUGGAUCCAUUAUACUGGGUGUGUUUUUUACUGAUUUUUUCUUUUCCUACUCUACAGUCGGUCAUAUUUAUUGCAGGGAAUGCCAAGCUGAAGCAGACUUGGUUGAAAAUUUUGAAGAGCUGUAUAAAGAAAUAG